ACCCAAAUUCACCCUAUAAAUGCAUACUGAAGUAAUGUGGUCCAAAAAUCUGAGACCACUAGUGAAAACUAUUUAGCAUUUUUAUAAUUUAAUAAAAACUUUUUCCUUAAUGACAGCAUGCACUAGAGCUGGCAUGGACUCCGCUCCACAAUGUAAUCCCAGCAUGAUGUGAGAAUUUUCCAAAGAGCAUUGCUUCAAUGGAAGCAAGAAAACCUGACUUCAUGUGAAAGACAUAACAAUGUCACAAUUUGUUACAUUUGAUCGGUGACCUAAAAUAGAGCAGAAUGUUAAGUAAUGUACAGUAACUUUUCUUUGUUAUAAUAUUUUUCGAAAUCCUAAUAUAUUUUGUCUGUUUCCAGGUUAAAAUGAGAAAGAAAUUCCAAGAUUUUCAAUGUGGUCUCAGAUUUAUAAUAAAUAAGUCUGCAAUAACUUGGUUAUAAUUUUAACAUAAUUAUAUAUAGAGUUUGAAUUUGUCAUCAAAACACUCAGAACAGUCAACCAGCCGAAUAUCCUGUCAUAUAAGAAGGUAAAUUGACAUUUUGGUGUCCAAAUUAGCUUAUAACAUUAAUCAGGGGUUGGAACGUUUUGUUUUGAAUAGCAUUUUCAACAUAAGCCCUUUGUUUCAAUCUCUCAACCACUGUGAGCUACACAACUGUUCUCAGUUCAGAAUUAAUGCAACAUCCUCCCCCAUAGCUCUCAGUGGAGUUAUUCGCUUUGCCACGGCUUCAGUGCAGUCUCUCAAGGGAGAGUGAGACUUUGGAAUAUGCAUGGCGCUGUCCCACAGGCUAACCCAGAUUUUGGAAAGAGAGUCAAAAAAAGAAAGGUAGUUGUUCAGUCUCAUUAGGAAUGUUUGUCAAACAGCUGGGUAUGCUUUCAUUAGGAGAGAGAAAGAGACAGAGAAAAGGAGGGGAACUGUGAACCCAUGCCCUUGUUUUAUUCACCAGAUGCGGUGUGACUUCCUCUCUUUGAAUGGAGACUUUGCUGUAUUUAGACAAAGUGGCCAAAAAAAAAAAAAAACUCUGUUUCUUUCAUACUUUAAAGACCACGUGAAAUUGCUUGGCGAGAGCAGUUUUGUUGAUGUAUUACUGUAUAGCCUUUUGAAAUAGGAAGUUUGGACAUAUCAUUGGACAUAUCGAAAGACUUGUCCUUUCUUUUUAAUUUUAUUUUUUUAUUGACAAUAGAGCAUAACAGUCUUGUUCCGGAAGUAAAAAUCCCAUUUGAAUGGCGCAACCAAGUCAGCCUCCAUACACUCACAAACUACUUGUAUAUCUGAAUAUUUUACCAUAUACUUUAAAUAUAUUGAUUCUAUACUUACUGUAUAAUUAACAACAUUAAGCAACAGUUUUCUUGUUUUCUGUCAUUUUUAAUCGAUUAUGUCAUUUGCAGUGCUUCAUGGGAUUUUAGUUCAUGCCCUCAUUAGCCACGUUUCCACUAUCGGGCCAAAUGAGGGCAUGCAAGUGCAUACCAAGGCCAGUUACGUUCCCACUGUCACUUCUGGGGCUUCAUAAUGCCUCCUCUGUGCUUUCUCGGGGCCAGUGGCCAAAGGUUGAUUACCCUUGGGCCAAACAAGGCCAACUGGGGAUCGAGACAGGGUUCAGUGUCAAAGGCGGAACUUGCCACGUUAUUUAUCCUGUGCACAACGGUACAGGUUCGGGAAAGAAAAAAUGCGAGCACACUAAAAAUCAGUUCAAAUGCACAAUGGACAAAGCGGUCUGCAAAGAAAUUACUUACCAUGGUUCUGUGAAUUUUCAUAGAUGGUGUGCUGGGACAUCAUCCCGCUGUUAGUGGAGAGACCACUUGGGACACCAUGGCAGUUAAACUCGAUAUUCUAGAUAAUUAAAUAGCAUGAUACCUCAGCUUGAGCUUUCCUCUUGCUUGUGAAAUGGGCAGGGUAUGUGACGGUGGUACCGGAGCGGCGUAUUAAGGGCGAGUUUUAGGGCAACGCUGCGGGGAUAUUGGCCCGAUAGUGGGAACGAAGAUCAUUUUUGGUCUUGUGGCACGCGGUCCGAGGCUAUUGGCCCCGGCUGGCUUGGUUGAUAGCCCUGGCUCGUACUGUAGGGUUCCCGCAGAUCCUUAAAAAGUCUUAAAAAGUAGUAAAUUUGAUUUUUAAAAUUGAAGGUCAUAAAAAGUCUUAAAAAGUCUUAUUUUUACUUAUGAGAGGUCUUACAUUUUAGAUGACACUUUGACAGACAUAUCUAAAUACUUUACCAAAUUAAAACUAUCUAAUUAGCAUUAUAUGAUUUUUAUUAUUCUUUCUUUGUGAAUUUGCUUGUUCAUGUGACAAUUUGCGGCAUAUACGACAGCGUAUUACGUAUUGUCUCCUGCACACAAAAGGAAGAGUGAAGGAGAAGAAAAUCGGUACAAUGGGAAUUAAAGCAAUGGAGUCCCAUAUGAAAUCGGAAAAGCACCGACGCUACGCAGGUAUUUGAAAAAGUACGGCGCCAGUGGAGUCGUACAUGUCUGCAUCUACUACAUCAACUCCUGCUGGAUCACAGACUGGUAAUGUUGGACUGAAUCACGAUGUUCAACCAAGUGUUUCAUCAAGUUUUUCACAGGCUGGUACUCUGAAGUGUUGUGGGUUCUGCAUAAGUCGACACCAUUCAUACAAGUCAAACGACGACAUCCACACACGUUUCAAGGCAAUGUUUCCCAAUUAGGAACAUGUAAAAACAUUCACCUAUGGCAGAGAUAAAAUGGCAUACAUAGCCAGAUUUGUUAUUGCACCAUUUAUUAAAAGACAACUGACCACAAAAGUUGAUGAGGAAUCGUUCGUCGUUAUGUUUGACGAAAGCAUGAAUAAAACAGGCACUGGACCACAGAUGAAACGGGAAUGUACGUUUGCUCCCGCUACUUUGGUUCUCAGUUCCUGGGCCAUUCCACAGCUGAGGAUUUAUUGGACAAAUUCAAGGUAAGCCAAAAAUACAUAGUACACACUUGUCUCAAAAGAAAAUCAGUGAGUGUAUUUCAUUUUUAGGGGCUAUAGUGCUAUAGUUUACAACCCACACCAUGAAAUACGUAAUUAAAUGUGCUGCAGCAGGUCAACACUCAGUUGCCUGUUUGAGGUACACUAAAAUAAAAAUUCAGUCUAGUACCAGUCCUGCAAUAAUCCCUGCUCUCAUGCAUGUUAUAUUGUACAGCUUUGUUUCAGCUGUUUUAGAGAGUUGGAGAUUGUAUAUCAAUGUGGUUUGACUAAAACCAAACUACAGCAUCUUAAGUGAUCAUAAAAUUACACCAGCAACUGUCAUCUAAAUAAGUUUUUGCUUUAAAGUACACAUAAUAAUUUGCUCAAUGUCUGGCACACACAUAUGCUAUAUGAUCUGCCAUUAGCCUGUUUUUGUUGUUGUUGUUGUUGAUGUGUUUCCUGUUGUAUCUUCUCUGUAGGACGGUACAAAAGAGCUCUGCCUCAGCAAGAUGCUUUCUGUGUCAAUGGAUGGGCCAAGUGUUAAUUGGAAGUUUGUGCAGCUCCUACAGCAAGAAUACAGUGAACAGUUUGGUGGAGCUCAGAUUCAGAUUGUGGGAAGCUGUGGUCUUCACAUCAUGCACAACUCUAUCAAGGGUGGUUUUGGAGUGUGGCAAGUAGAGAAGCUUCUGAAGGCCCUGCACUUCCUUUUCCACUGUGCCCCUGCAAGGCGGCAAGACUUCAGUUUAGUGACAAGGUCCACAAAAUGUCUCCUGCCAUUUUGUGGGCAUCGCUGACUGGAAAAUUUGCCAGCAGUGGAAAGGGCAAUUGAAAUUUGGCCAUCCAUUGUCACCUAUGUGGACCAGGUGAAAAUGAAAAAAGCUCCCCAACCCAGGAUCAUCCUCAUAUGACACUGUAGCAGAGGCCUGAAUGGAUCCCCUAACUGUACCAAAGCUGCACUUCUUCAUGUCCAUUUCAAUAAACUUUCAGCCAUUUCUCACCAAGUACCAAACUGAUGUUCCCAUAAUCCCCUUCCUGAGCAAAGACUUGGAAGAGCUUGUCAGGAGCCUUCCCUGACGCUUCAUCCAACGGGACAUCCUUCUUGUUUCUGUGUCAAAGCUUGUCAGGCUUGAUGUGACGGAUCAGAGCCUAUGGGUCAGUCCAAAGGAGGUGGAUAUUGGAAUGGGAGCCACAGCUGCCUUGAAGGUGAUGUGAUUCCACAGCAGUUUGAGACAUUCCUCUUCAAUGAGGCCAGAGAGGCAAGCUUCAAGGACUACAGUCCCACAGAACAAAACUCCAGAGUCGACAUGUUUUUGCAUCAGCACUUAAGCACCUCAUCACCUGAGCUGUGGGGUUUUGUGAAAAAGCUGCUGAUUCUCUCCUACGGCCAAGCAACAGUUGAACGUGGGUUCUCAGUCAACAAAGAGGUGGAAACAUGUAACAUGGAUGAAGACACAGUUGUUGCCCAAAGACUUAUCUGUGACCAUGUGAGAGUGUAUGGUGUAGUGACCCAGGUACCUCUUACAAAAGAGUUACUAAACUACUGUGCAACUGCAUGGACCAGGUACGGAAUGCACCUAGAUGAGGGAAAAAAGGAAAAAACAAAGGAUGAGCAGAUCACCAAAAGAAAAAUGGCUGAAGAUGAACUUAAAGUUCUACAGAAGAAAAGAAAAACCAUCCACAGUGUAUGUGAGACCCUAGAAAAAGAUGCAGACAGCUUUGCAGAAAAAGCUAAGAUUACGACAGGGACAAAGAUGGCAGAACUGAUUACAAAGUCUAACACACUGAGAAGACCCUACAAGGAGAAGAGAGAGGAGCUAGAUGACUUGGAUAAGGAAAUUGAGAGAAAGGCUUCUGAGCUAUGAGAAAUAUAAUG